GCGAGAGAGAAAAGCAAAACAAUCAUUUUUAUCCCCUUUACCGGCUGCUUUUAGGGUCCGUAGUGAAAUACGCUCUCAGCAGGGAGUCGUAGUCCACACAACACUGUUAAAUGCAUCUUAUCCCGCUCUGCACUAAAAUCUACCGACAGCUGGUGAUUUUGCUUUAGUUGUAUUUCAUCCAGGUCGAAAAUGACUUCCAAGCGCCUUCUCGAGCCGCAGCGAGCCGGCGACAGCACGCCCGAGGGGGGCUGCACCGGCCAGCGAGAGCCUGUCACUGGAAAAGCGUUCAAAACACACGCGCAGCUGCACGAAGGCGCUAUAAGGAAUCUUAGCAAGGAAAUCACUCAAAAUGGACAUUAUCAUACCUCAACGAGGCACUACAUUCAUAAGAAAUUUGCAUGUGGCAGAGAGGAAGAGGAGCCGAGUUCAGGUGGACUCAAACAUGGCUGCCCUGCUCAUCGCCUGGUCCUCAACGGCUUCAGACUACAAGACCAAGUAGAGGCUCGGAGCCCAGUGAGAUGCACUGGAGAGCCAUCCUGUCGUCUGCCAUCUCCUGAGAUGCCACAUCCAAACACGUCCUCCAUCAUCCCCGUACCCCACGACAGGAGUCCUUCUGGUCAUGCUGAUAAAGAAGUAAUGGCCGCCACCGUCCUGACCACACUGUCCACCAGCCCGUUGGUGCUCAACCCUUCCUCCAGCACCUCAGGUGUAGAUCUGGCUGGUAAAGCCUGGAAGGAGAGUCUGUCUGCCAGCUACAGCAGCUCCACCAGUGGAAACUGGAGUUGGGACGCCAGUGACCAAUCAGUGCCCUCCACGCCAUCGCCGCCUCUCUCCAAUGACACGGGCAAGAGCUUCCUGCUGUCCUGUCAGAGCGAUGACAACAAUGAGGAGAGCGAGAGCACACACUUCCUGUUUGAGGACCCCAUCCCUCGCAAACGAAAGAACUCCAUGAAGGUGAUGUUUAAGUGUCUGUGGAAGAACUGUGAAAAAGUCCUCAGCACCUCUUCAGGGAUCCAGCGCCACAUCCGCACCGUCCACCUGGGGCGAAAUGGAGAUUCUGACUACAGCGAUGGUGAGGAGGAUUUCUACUACUCUGAAAUCGAGGUGAACAUGGACACUCUUUCGGAGGGUCUGUCCAACCUCACGCCCACCUCUCCGACCACGUCCGGGCCUCCGCCUGUGUUCCCCGUCCUGACCUGUGACGUGUCCCGAACUGAACCCGCCAACGUGAUCCACACCCCGCUCAGCCAAUCAGCACCCUCGGCACUGUGCCAUAUCCGCACUGACCAUGCUUACCAGGUGACAGCACUGUUUCUGUUCCUUGUAAUCAGCCUUGGAGCAGCAUCAGCUGCGUGA